AUGUUCUCUUAUGUUAAAGACUGUAUCUGGAAGAAAAUCAAUUCUUGGAGUGGGAGGUCCUUAUCUAGAGCAGGGAAGGAUGUUAUGAUCAAAUCAGUGUUACAAGCUAUUCCGGCUUAUGUCAUGAGCUUAUUUAUUCUUCCGGAGACUCUUAUCUCAGAAAUAGAAAAGAUGUUGAAUUCGUUCUGGUGGGGAGGUGGUACAAACCACAAAGGUAUUAGGUGGAUGGCGUGGGAUAAAUUAGCUUGUCCGAAGGAGGAAGGUGGAUUGAGAUUUCGUGAUUUUCGUUCUUUUAACGAGGCUAUGGUUGCUAAGCAAGGUUGGUUCUUUUUGGCGAAUCCGCUCGCUUUAGUUUCUCGUAUCUUCAAAGCAAGGUACUUUCCGAGAUCUUCUUUUUUUGAUGCUAAGCUUGGUUAUAAUCCCAGUUUUGUUUGGAAAAGUAUCUGGUCGGCUAGAGAGAUUCUUAUCAUGGGUUGUAGGUGGAGCAUUGGUACCGGUACUCAAAUUAAUGUUAUGAGUGACCCUUGGUUCCGUGGAAGACGUGAAGGUUGCUUGCAGGGUCCAUAG